GCAGCGUGGGUGCUGCGGGCGGUGACCUGUAUUGACCUGACGAUCUUGGCCGGUGACGACACGCCCGGCAACGUCCACCGGCUGUGUAGAACGAACCAGCCGGUAAACUACGACCUGCUGAAGAGCAUGGACAUGCAGGACGAAGGUGUGACUACUGCAGCGGUGUGCGUGUACCCAUCUCGUGUGGCUGAUGCUGUGAAGUCACUGAAAGCAGCCAACUCCAGCCUACCUGUCGCCUCAGUGGCGACCGGUUUCCCUGCAGGCCAGACCUCUCUGAAGACCAGGCUGGAGGAGGUCCGUAUGGCUGUAGAGGAUGGAGCUAUGGAGAUAGAUAUAGUCAUUAACAGGACUCUGGCUCUCACUGGCCAGUGGGAAGCCAUGUAUGAUGAGGUGUGUCAGUUCAGAGAGGCCUGUGGGGAGGCUCACAUGAAGUCCAUCCUGGCUAUAGGAGAGCUGGGGACCUACACCAAUGUCUACAAGGCUAGUCUGGUGGCUAUGAUGGCUGGCCCUGGGAGCAGAGCGGCCUCUCCCUGGGAGCAGAGCGGCCCUCUCUGGAGGCCCUGGGAGCGGCCCUCUCUGGAGACCCUGGGAGCAGAGCGGCCCUCUCUGGAGGCUCUGGGAGCGGAGCGGCCCUCUCUGGAGACCCUGGGAGCAGAGCGGCCCUCUCUGGAGGCUCUGGGAGCAGAGCGGCCCUCUCUGGAGGCUCUGGGAGCAGAGCGGCCCUCUCUGGAGGCUCUGGGGCGGAGCGGCCCUCUCUGGAGGCUCUGGGAGCGGAGCGGCCCUCUCUGGAGACCCUGGGAGCAGAGUGGCCCUCUCUGGAGGCUCUGGGAGCAGAGUGGCCCUCACUGUAAUGUCUCAGGAGGCUCAGGGAGCAGAGUGGCCCUCACUGUAAUGUCUCUGGAGGCCCUGGGAGCAGAGCGGCCCUCUCUGGAGGCUCUGGGAGCAGAGUGGCCCUCACUGUAA